CAUAUCUCACGUUGGCACGUUUCUUGGUCCAUGUCCUUGAGGUUUGUUUCCAGACGGACGGUGGAUGCUGAUGCAUCGCUGCUGCGUUUCCUCUUGUUGCCAUGUCAACAGUGACUACAGGGUUCUUGUAAGUGCACCAUGGUUGUCUUCAAGCUGCCACCUGUAGGUGGCACCACAGAGGUUCACCACCCUCCAUCUCAGACUGUGUCUACAGUCCUUUAAUAAGUUCUUCAAAUUCUGCCUCUUUUCCUUUUAUCUUUUAUUGCUGUUGGAGUCAAAAGCCCUGAGGUGGUGCAACUGGAACAUCAAACAUCUCCCACAGACUGUUUAUAUCUGCUCCUGUUUUCUGAGGUUAACAUUCACCAAGUUGUUUUUUUUUACUGCCUGUUAUAAACUGUAAAAGCAGCCGAAAUCCCAAACGUUCACCAAGUGGAACCAAUAGUGCUGUGUUGAAUACAGUUCAUUUAAUACGACAUAUACGAUGGGAACCCUGCAGCAGACCAGGAGAGGUUCACUGAAGCAAGUCAGGAGAAGCAACAAGCUCUGGACAAGACUUUUAAAUGGAACGAUGAACAUCAGCAUCAGAGCGGCGAGCCUCGUGAAGAGAUGACCAAGAUACGUUUUACUGGAUAUAACAUGGAACAUGUUCAGACAGUGUCUUCCUGGACCUGCACAGCAAGGAUCGUUUUGGAGGGGCGUAUGUUACUUGCUGCCAGCCUGCGGCGAUAUUUCACAGAGGAGAUGUUUGGCGAGGGUGUUGUUUAAACACCAACGAAGAAGAGGAGAACGAUGGGCGGAGACCACUGUAACGUUAGCAACCACGCUGAGAGGACGGAGAGACGGUGACGGUUAUCGUUGACGUGAAAGACCGCUCUGACAGAAAUGUCCCUGCACACUGAAUGAACGUGUCUCCUAAACGCCAGAUUCACCAACUUUAACCGGAAAAGUGUGUUUUUGCAGCCGUCGUUCAGACCUGUGGGUGAGUGAUGCCGCUGGUGUCCAGCUGUGACUGCCCCCACCUGGACUGUGUGGGGGAAAUCACCAAGGAGGAACUUAUUCAGAAAUCUCAUGGCCAGUGUCAAGACUGUAAAGUGGGAGGACCAAACCUAUGGGCGUGUUUAGAGAACGGCUGUGCGUACGUAGGAUGUGGUGAAUCCCACACGGACCACAGUACAGUCCACUCACAGGAGACGCGGCACAACCUGACAGUCAACCUGACCACGCUCCGAGUUUGGUGCUACGCCUGCAGCAAGGAGGUUUUCCUGGAGCGUAAACUGGGUCCAAACUCUCUGCACACCAACAACAACAAACCCCUCCCCUCUGUACAGAGCACCGGUCAGGAAAGCAUCCGGGCCCCCGGGAGUCCGACCUCCCUGAGAGUGUCCCCCAAUGGAGGCUGUGAAGAUCUGGACAUGGAGACGGAGGAGGAGGACGAGCUGAGGUCCAGAGGCCUCACAGGUUUGAAGAACAUCGGUAACACCUGCUACAUGAACGCUGCCCUCCAGGCGCUGUCCAAUUGCCCACCGUUGACGCAGUACUUUCUUGAAUGUGGGGCCCUGGUGAGGACGGACAAGAAGCCAGCUCUCUGCAAGAGCUACCAGAAACUGGUCUCAGAUCUGUGGCACAAGAGCAGACCCUCGUAUGUGAUUCCCACCAACUUGUUCCAGGGGAUCAAAGUCAUAAAUCCAAUGUUCAGGGGAUAUUCUCAGCAGGACUCGCAGGAGUUUCUGCGGUGCCUGAUGGAUCAACUUCACGAGGAGCUGAAGGAGCCCCUCCUCGAGCCCUACGACCGGUCCAGCAGCGUCACGGUGGACGAGGCUCCCGAGGAGGACAACCACAGUCAGUCCGACAACGACUUCCAGUCCUGCGAAUCCUGCGGCAGCAGCGAGAGGGCUGACAACGAGGUGCAGAGCGGGAACAACCACGUGAACGACACCAACACCAACGAGGCCGAGAUGCUGAUCCCGGAGCAGGACGAGAUCCAGGCCAACAGAGAGUGGCAGAAGGAGAAGAACAUGAUCAACGAUCUGUACAGAGCCGGAGUUCACAGCGUCAUGUGCGGGAGCACUGGUGGAGACCUGGACAAAGAUGUGGACACCACAAACGAGAACACGCCCAUUAUCAGCAGCCAGGGGGCCAUCAAGAGUCAGAACAGAACGACGGAUUCCUUCUGCGACAUCCAAAUGUCCAACACCACAAGACCACAGAGUCCAGUUCCAGUGGAUGGACACAUUCCCAAAAUUUCCAGCAGUCCGCCCAAAGCCACAUCCAGCUGGCCCAGCCUAAACCCUGCACAUAAGAAAGCAGUGACCACCUUCUCUCCACCGAAGAACAAGCGGCAGAAGAAAUACCGCAGCGUCAUCUCAGACGUGUUCGACGGGACCAUUGUCAGCUCCGUUCAGUGCCUCACCUGUGACAGGGUGUCCGUGACUCUGGAGAACUUCCAGGACAUUUCUCUGCCCAUCCCAGGUAAGGAGGACCUGGCCAAGCUCCACUCCUCCACCCACCAGACCUCCAUAGUCAAAGCCGGCUCCUGUGGGGAGGCGUACGCAGCCCAGGGUUGGAUCGCCUUUGUCAUGGAGUACAUCAAGAGCUGGUUCUGGGGUCCGGUCGUUACACUCCAGGAUUGUCUGGCAGCUUUCUUCGCCAGAGAUGAAUUAAAGGGAGACAACAUGUACAGCUGUGAAAAAUGCAAGAAAUUACGUAAUGGAGUCAAAUUCUGUAAAAUGCAAAGUUUGCCAGAGAUCCUGUGUAUCCACCUGAAGCGCUUCAGACACGAGCUCAUGUUCUCCACUAAGAUAGGAACCCACGUCUCCUUUCCACUUGAAGGCCUGGAUCUGCAGCCGUUCCUGGCCAAGGACAGUUGUGCCCAGACGACCAACUAUGACCUGCUGUCAGUCAUCUGUCACCACGGCACUGCCAGCAGUGGCCACUACAUUGCCUACUGCAGGAACGAUGUCAACAAUCUGUGGUAUGAGUUUGAUGACCAGAGUGUGACGGAGGUGUCGGAGUCCUGCGUCCAGAAUGCCGGGGCUUAUGUGCUCUUCUACAAAAAGAGCAACGAGGAUGCUCUGAAAGAACGGAGGAGGGUGUCGGGUUUGUUCAGCAUGAUGGAGCCCAGUCUCCUGCAGUUCUACAUCUCUCGUCAGUGGCUUAACAAGUUCAAGACCUUUGCUGAGCCGGGACCCAUCUCCAACGAUGACUUCCUGUGUUCACAUGGGGGCGUACCUCCCAGCAAAGCGUCCUUCAUCAAUGACAUGGUCGUAAUGCUGCCACAGAACGUGUGGGACCACCUUUACAGUAGGUAUGGAGGGGGACCAGCUGUCAACCACCUGUACGUUUGUCACACGUGCCAGGUCGACAUCGAGAAACUGGAGAAACGACGCAAGUCAGAGCUGGACAUGUUUGUCAGGCUGAACAAGGCAUUUCAGGAGGAGGAGUCUCCGGUGGUCAUAUACUGCAUCAGCAUGCAGUGGUUCCGAGACUGGGAGGGAUUUGUCAAAGGAAAAGACAACGAUCUACCAGGACCGAUUGAUAAUUCCAAGAUCACAGUAAACAAGAAUGGUCAUCUAACACUGAAGCAAGGCGCAGACUCCGGCCAGAUCUCCGAGGAGACGUGGAACUUCCUGCACUCUCUGUACGGCGGCGGCCCCCUGGUGACGGUGCGUCCAAACGUCACCCAUCAGGAAACCGAGACAUCGCAGUCGGAGGAGAAGAUUGAGGUGGAGACGCGCUCCGUUUAA